AUGAGUCCUCAAGCUCCAGUACUCCAUCACCUCUUCUUUGCAGAUGACAGUCUUCUUUUUGGUGCAGCUACCAUAAGAGAAUGUACAGUUAUUAAAGGUAUUCUCAACAUUUAUGAACGUGCCUCUGGUCAGAAGGUAAACUUUGCUAAAAGUAGUGUGGUUUUUAGCAAUAAUGUUCAACCUGCUUUGAAGUCCACUUUGGCUUCCAUCUUGGGAGUGAAAUGUGUUUCGGAGCAUGAUCGGUAUCUUGGAUUACCAUUGAGGGUUGGGAGGUCCAAAAUGAAACGAUUCCAAUACUUGAAGGACAAGGUGUCCAAAAAGUUGGUGAAUUGGAAGUCUAAAAUCCUUAGUUGUGCCGGAAAAGAAAUUCUUAUCAAAGCCGUGGCCCAAGUGAUGCCUACUUAUGCUAUGAACUGCUACCUUCUUCCAAAGAGCUUGUGUGAUGACAUUCAUCAGCUUUGUGCGUCCUUCUUUUGGGGUGCCACAGAUGAGAAAAAGAAAAUACAUUGGAGAAGUUGGGAAAAAUUAUGUUUGACUAAGCAUGAAGGUGGCAUGGGGUUCAAAAUAUUUAUGCCUAUAAUCUUCCAAUGCUUGCUAAACAGGGAUGGAGAUUGCUUACUAAACCUACUUCUUUGA